AUGGUUUCCACGCCUCUCUCAAACUGGAGGAAGAAGACACGCCGUCCACCACCGAUAAAGAUCAAGGGAAGCUUUUUCAAGGCGGAGGAGGACUCAAGUGACAAGCCAAGAUGGCUUUCUGACGGGGGCAAAGCUUCAAAAAAAGAGAAAGAGAAGAUGAAGCUGAUAGUCCCGCCAAAGAGCCAAUCCAAGGCUCAUGAAAAGCUCGGUAUGCCAUCAGUUCCCAAUUCUGCAUUCAGUGAGGUGGACAUGGGAACAACUCCUAGAAUUCCGUGUCAAAGAUCAUUCCUGGCCUUUGCAGACGACAACUCUCCACAAGGAUCUGUACCUACUAUCACCUACCUGGAUUCUCCUCACGACUCUGACGAUUCUGAUAUCUCUCCACUGUCGGAUCGACCAUCUGCCCGCUCUGCUUCUGUUUUGGCCCGGUUUUUCCCAGAGCUUACAAACAACAUCUCUUUGGCUCCUCCAGUGGGGUUGUAUGAAAAGAAGAUGAAGAAGACCGAGACACCAUCCGACUUUCGCAAUGAGCUUGAACGUCGAGUAAACAGUCUGUACAUGAACUCGGAGGAUGCUGCAGUUGGAGAGGAUGGAUAUGAGUCUUCUUUUGAAUUGCAGAUUCACAACUCAUCUGAAGAGAACAUUUUCGAUGGAGCGUCGUCCUGCUACAGCAGGCGGGCAUCAUUCAUGAGUGUUGAUGGUGGAUAUGUGGGCGGUGAUGAAGCAGGCAGGUGCUGCUCAGCCGAUGCCUUCUCGAUUAUGUCUCCUGCUGCUGCUGGAGUGUUUGAUGAUGCAGCUUCGGUUUUAAAUUCACGGCCACUGACUUCACGGACUCUAUCUACAACACGCCCUCAAUCCGCAGCACGGCCUUCACAAAAUCUAUCACGUAGCAUAUCGACGGGACAGAUAAUGAAGUCGUCGAGCGCAGAACGAAUACCACCAGCGAUACCACGCCACCCAUCGAGACGAAUUAGCUUCUCCAGGCCGAGUCGCAGCAACUCACUUACCUCGAGAGUAACAAUAGAAGAUUGGAGGAACAAGCCUCUACCCCUUGAACCAUCUCUCGAGCCCAUUAUUGAGCCCAACCCUUUAUCAAUCCGCCAGUAUGAAUCACAGCCUUCACUUUUCUCUCCUGCAUUUCAAAUGGAGGAGCAGUCGAUGUUAAACCCACACUGGAGACCAGCCGACCACGCAUAUCAUGUAAGUGCAGGACCAGCUGGACAUCGCCAUCAUCAAGAACGCCAAGCGGCACCUUCUCAGAACUCAAGCCGGACUGAUAUGCGUGGUGAUGGCCGCACAAUGUCACAGGCAGCAGAGGAGCUGGAGGCUACGCUGGCGGAUCUUGAGAAGGAAGGAAAGACAGUGUUGAUUCUAGACGGGCCACUCCAAAUCAGUCGGAAUAACGGCGAGCUUGUCGCAACGCGACGCGCACCUCUACCUCCUCCAAUGAAAUCUCCAUAUUCAAGAUUAAACUCCCAAUUGUCUCCAGAGCUGCCACAGACACCCAAAAAGAGCAGGUCGAGCCGAGUUGACGAGAUGAAGGCCCAGCAAGCUCGAGAAGAGAAGGGACACAAGCACACCAAGGCCAAAGAGCACAGUAAACCCAAAGAGCAGAGCAAACCCAAAGAGCACAGCAAACCCAAACUCUCGAAGAAAGAGUCCAAGAAGGACUUAUCCAAAGUGAAAUAUUCAAGCAGCCAUUCCCGUCAGCCUAGUGAUGGAAAGGAAAAGCGAAAAGACGAACAGUGGAAGCUCAAAAAGUCAUUCAGUUUGUUUCAUCGCAAACAGUCCCUUCCUCGAGUGGAGGAGAUUCGAAUGAGCAUGCUAGCUUCACGAUCGGAAGCCUCGUUGGUAAUCGAAGGAGCGCUUAAGCCAUUGAGUGAGCGAUCCAACUCGUUGCCUUUUGUUUCCAAGUCCGACGACGAAGCCAUCUCCAGCCCUAUCAAAAACCCACGAGAACGUUUGCGUAAACAACUACCACGAUUACAAACAAGCAAUCUCGAUUUAUCCCCGCCUUAUGGUUCUGUUCCGUCAGAUCGCCAGAGGCAGACUGCAGACGCGGAGUUGGAGGGCAAUGUUGUUCCGCCAGUACCUUCCAAAAAGCCCAGCCUGGAACUACGAGCGACUCUUUCAGAGGAAGAAAAAAUCCCAGUUACGUUUGACAGCAUUCAUCAAACACAUUCAGCCAUCCCUAUCCCCAAACCUAGCAAUCAGAUCGCUUUGGACCCUGUCUACGAGCUGGAUGCCACACCACCGACACCUUUUACUUUUCAACAGGUGAUGGAGCCACUGUUUAGCCAAAAAUUCAUUAUUGCAAACUGGUCUGAAAACUUACCAGAUCACAUCAUCAUGACACUGAUGCAAAAUGCGACUUCCCUUGAUGAUCUCUUCAGUUUGGCAAUUGUCAACCGUCAAUUCUACCGUGUCUUUAAAGAGCAAGAGAUGUCACUAAUCAAGAGCGCCGUUUUCAAGAUGUCACCACCUGCCUGGGAGCUGCGCGAGAUGAGUCCUCCAUGGGACACUGAGGUGCUGCACCGUGAUCCAGACGCCCAGGUACCAGAGUAUACGCCCACCACCUACUUGGAGCGAUAUGCCCAGGAUAUCUAUGCAUUAGCAAAGCUCAAGUCUAUGAUGCUGGUUCGAUGUGUUCCAUUCUUGCGUCAUGACACUGUUCGCGGCCUAUCGGGCAUGGACUACGCCCGUGCCGAAGAGGUCGAUGAUGCCUUCUGGCGCAUCUGGACAUUCUGUCGCAUUUUCGGUAGCGGCAAGGGUCGCGAGGCAGACCUGGAAGGCCAAGUAGACUGGUUGAAGGGUGGCGCUAAGGCUCGUGCUUUUGCGGGCGCCGCAUCAACCAUGACAGAGCCCUUUGGCAUGAACAAAGUUCUAUUUGAGCCGCCAAAGGGAUUUGGUCUUGGAAAUAUUGAGGGCCUGUCGCCAAAGCAGCUUUAUGACAUGACGGAAAUUUGGACCUGCCUGGCAGUUUUGUUGCAGCCUUUGCACGGUAAAUGCAUUGAGGCUCGUAAGGUGGGCAUCUAUGACGGCAUGGAUGUGCCUGAGGGAGAUGCGAACAGAGAGCAGACUGUUCUUGAGGAAUGGACAUCCUACAUUCUCACUCUCGGUAUGUCGGCAGUCUUGGUUCUCAGUUCUAUCUGUCCCGCAGAGGCCACUCUUGCUACAUUCGAGACAGCUCAGGCGGCUGGUCUCACUAAGUGGGAACUGACAGAUACUGAGACGACCAGGGCAUCCUUCCUGAAGGAAGCUCUUUCUCUUGUCUACGAAGACAAUGUCCGUUUUGCCUCCCCUGACACUGCUAGCCCCCACGAGUUAUCCUCCGGGGACUCAGAGUCACGCGAGCAGGACCGCGAACGACAAUGCGCAUUCUCGCUCGAGCUUCGAACCCGUCGGUUGCGAGGAAGCUUCAAGCCUCAUGAGCUGGACAUCCUACUUGCCGAUGAGCGUCCCAUGUCUCAAUUCAGUACUGUCCUCCACAACCUGAACGGGACCUCCAGUGGACCUGUUCCACCCGUACCAGCGCUGAUACUCGAUCGUGCAUCUACAUCCACUUCCAGCACAGCUCCUCGUACCCCUAAACAUUCAGCUACAUCAUCUCAACCAUCCAACUCCUCAACAUCCUCUCUUGCCCCAGCACCUCUACGACCUCAAAUUCAAGACCCAGUUGACCGUGCCAUUACACGCAUGGUGACAGAACUUGGAUUUGACGAAGAAGACGUGAAGUGGGCUCUGAAGAUCACCGAUACCGGCGAGGGUAUCGACGUGAAAGCUGCAGAGCAGCUUCUCAUGGAGAAAACGAAACGAGAAAUCAACCCAUUCGCACCACGAGGAAAGAGGAGCCUGUUACAGUUCCAAGGCUCCCAAGAAUCUGGCUGGCGAUGGGCCUAA